CGGUUGAUGGCAGACGUCUACCUGAAGUCUUAUACCUGUGGACUUAAUGUGGGUUCUAUAUACGCGUGGAUACGUAGGGCCUACACACAUGUAUACAAGUAUCAUUGUAGUUUUAUAUCGUCGUAAAAAAUAAUUCAGGACUAAAUUGAAGCAGUAGAGCAUCAAUUUCCACUACACCGUUGUCGUUGUUACGUAAUCAUGGUAGAUCGAAGGAGUGGAUAUAACUUUUAUAUUUGUAUAUUGGCAUAGAUACGUGGACUUUUUCCCUAGAAAGUAUUAACUUUGGACGACAUCGUUCUUCACUUUGCCAACGCCGUGUCUCCAUUUGCCGAAACGUACACGUGAGUGUACUGGGAGGUUUGUCCACGCCUUCGCAGAUUAUCACACGGAGAAAUCAUUUCCACCCGGGAUUUAUUUUAGCACCGAUAUGAACAUAACUGGUUACGAUGAGAGUAGGUCGAGGUUCGUCCCCCUUCCUUCAUAUACGAGAGAUAUCAGUAUAUUUGCAGCAGUGUUGGUCGCUCUAGUAUGUGUAUUUGGUAUUGCAGUAAAUGGAUUCAUAAUGCUUGUCAUUGCUAAGACAAAGAAACUGCAUACAGUUCCAAACUGGCUUAUAUUCAUGAUGUGUGCAACUGACGUCAUUCAGUUCUCCGUGGUAAAACCGGCUCAGCAGGUAGUUACAGAAGUCCUUCAUGGAUGGCCGUUUGAUUACCAAAGCUGUUCUGUGUUUGGUUUCUUAGCCAUUCUGUUCAUUGCUCUGAAUCUCUUCAAUCUUUGCUACAUGGCUAUCAAUCGGUAUGUUUUGAUUGUCCAUCAGUCAGCUUAUCAAACCAUAUUCAGCAAGAAAGGCACAAUUGCACUCGUUGUUUCUUCAACGGCGUUCGUGUUCAUCGCUCUUUUGGUGCCUUUCACUGGCCUGUGGGGAAAGUAUGGUUACGUAGAAAAAACGAACGCAUGUAGCAUGAUCGUCGAUUCACCGAACAGCUCAAGCUUCAGUUUAGGUGUCUCUGUAAUCGGAUUCGUGUUACCAUUGUUGGUAAUGCUUUAUUGUUAUGUACGUAUUCUUAUCUUUGUUAAAUUGCAACAGAAGAAGAUCAAUGGACACAACAAUGGGACGAAGACAACGACGAUGGCAGUCAAGAAAGCGGAUGUUAAAUUAGCCAAAGUGAUGGCAUCGAUAUUCCUGCUCUACGUAGCAUGUAUUCUCCCAAGGAUGGCCCUAAACUGGAUAGAUCCAAACAACCAGUAUCCCAUGGCUCAUAAAAUAGCCACAGCUAUUCUUUUGUCUUACAGUCUGCUUAAUGGAAUUGUUUUUACGCUUCAGAAUACGCAGUUUAAAAAAUCCUGUCUUACAUUUGUCGGUAUUGAUCCAUCACAAGUCCAGUUGGUAGAGGAGCCUCAAUCAGAUCAUGAAAGACAAAUUACUACAGUUUCCCAUACUUAGACUCACGAAAAUUGUUUUAGUUGCAAGAAAAUCGAUCUGUUUUUUAUUGGACAGCACCUUUCCUUUCAACCGAGGUUAGGCCAUUGAUGCCAUGCUGCCGAAUGUCGUCCAUACAACUGCGUUUGGUCUUAAACACCAG